CUAAACAAAGGCUUACAAUAUUCCGUGCCGUCGAAGAAAGCAGACGUGUGUUAAGAAAGUGAAAAGUGCACAAUUUUUGGCUCACUGCUCAAGUCCACAUAUAUAAGCAAGGAAGAAAAAUCAGCAUCAGCAUCUCAAUGGAGAACCCAGGAAUACUACUGUCUCCACCUGCAACGCCACCGUUGUUGGAUACCAGCAUCGGCAAGGAUCCCAAGACUUCCACCGAUGUGAAGCAAGCGCUUAAGCGUAAACUAGAGCAGCACCACAACAACCACCAGUUACCGGCGGGCCGUGCCCAUCCGGAAAUGCUCACCAAAGGCUUCACCACACCCAACCACUCAGAUAUGUCGGAGGAUGAAUCUGAUCUGCCCCCGCGGAAGCGCCUGUACGUGCGCGAUCCGGUCCAGCUGGAGCAGCACUAUCAUCACACCCUCCUACCUGCUUCCCUUACUCCACCUCCGUCGGAUUUCUCCGCCUCCGAGGACGAGAACACAAAGUCCUGCGAGGAGUCAGAGUCCAACGCCAAACACUCGGCGGCUCCUCUGCAGCGCGAGAGUGUCAUCAUGCGUAUCAACAAAGACGGUUCCUGUACCGCGGCGGCAAAGGAAACCAAAGAGGAAACGGCCGAUGGCAGUGCGCUGAACGUGUUCCGUUGCGUCAAGUACAAAAUGGGACGUCGAUCACCAUCGGACAAGCAAUCCGAGUCGGUGGAAUCAUCGGCGAAAGCCGAUGCUGCUGUUACGACAAACGAUCGCAUCACAUCCCGAGAGAGCGUCUCCGCGGCGCAACAAAGUGGCGCCCCUUCUCGGCUAUCCGAGCAGUGCCAGAAUUACGUUGUACCUGCUGUUCCCGCUGUUGUACCUGUCGCGUUACCACCAACGAUUGCGGCCGCCGCCCCUAAGCCCCCGCAGCCGUUCAAGCCACAAACCUCGCUCCCUGUGAUAGCUCCCAAGAUCCCGCAGCUGAUACUCGCCACCCAGAAUGGGUUCAUCCUGGUGCCACCACAAAUCUCACAGAACCUGCUGUCGUCCAGCGGCGCCGGCAAGACAAUUCUCGUGCCCCAGGGCGCAGCGGGAACAGCUUCAGCCCCGCAACUCGUCGGGUCGUCCACCAGCCCGCAGAAACCGGAACGACGCCGAAUCUACGAGUGCGAACAUCCCAACUGUGGCAAAAACUACUUCAAAUCCAGCCAUCUGAAGGCCCACCAACGCAUCCACACGGGCGAGCGUCCGUUCAUAUGCAAAUGGGCCGACUGUGGGCGUCGAUUCUCGCGCUCCGACGAACUGUCACGUCACAAGCGCACCCACACCGGAGAGAAAAAAUUCGUCUGCCCCGUUUGCCAGCGCCGCUUCAUGCGUUCGGAUCACCUGUCCAAACACGUCAAACGUCACAACAAGGACAAAAGUCAGAAGCAGCAGCAGCAGCAGCAGCAGCCAUCAAAGCAAUCGCAGGCUGCCCCCGCCGAGUUGGUCCGCUCGAUUUAUCCCAUUUCGGUGUUCCAACCAACGCAGGAUGCCGUUCCGGUGCAGUUUGUCACCGUCGCUCCGGCCGACAUUCGCGUGCAACCGGUUUUCUAAGCCAUCGUUCGGUGUUUUUGUGCGGCGCUUCCCUCGGCACCGAAAAGCUAAUUGUACAUAUUCGGAACUGACUAGAUUUUAACCUCCCUCUGUUUGCUAUUGUUUGUGGUGUCCCUUCAACACUUUCCUGAAAACGCUCAUUCCAAAAGUACGGUAAAUACAAUUCAAACUAAUAUAUGUUGUUCGGAAUGGAAUGAUUGUGGAAUUGUGAAUCGCUGCGAGAGAGAAAAAAAAAGCAAAAGUUUGUUUUAUCGUUAGCAACCUAUUCCUCUGGGGACUUUCACACGCAGAUAAUUUCGUUAUCAUAAUAAUUUUGAGUUUAACGCGUUUUUUGUAAUAUAUAAAAUACAUCUGUGAUCUUUUUAAAUUUACAUUAAAUUUAAGAACAACUCGUCGUUCAAUUAAUUGUGUAAAGUCUUAGUUAUUUAUUGAAAAACAUCGUGAGAGCGUGAGAGAGCGAGUUUAAGUUUUAAGGAGAGAACCUGUUCGUUCAAAUUGUUGAACCGUUAGAGAAGAAGAAGCAUUGUUUUACUUGUUCACUAUAUGUCAUAAGAAUGGAAAGAUUGGAAAUGAAAAGAGAUAAGCUAUGGAGAAAAAAUACAAAAUCUAUCAACUACACACACAAAAUCAGAA